AUGGGCUUUGGAGACUCCCAGUCUCGUCUGCCUGGUCGCUUGGAAGCAGCCACCCCUCUCAACACGGCCGAGAUGUUCAAGCGCUUCCGCCAGAACAAGACGCAGCCAAAAGGUGAAACUAAGAGAAAGACAUCCGACGCUUCCACUUCCUCUACGAUACCAAACUUCAGCAUCGACGGCAAAUCCAUCGCCUAUUCAGUUGCUUCCACUGAGCUACAGAGCUCUUCGAACCCUCAUCCUCGCAGCCAGUCGCCAGCCCCAGCACCGGCGGGCCUGGGUCUUCGAAUUCUCCAUCAGCCCGAGUUUGCUGCCUUGGAUAUCAUAUUUGUGCAUGGUCUCGGUGGCCAUAGCCAAAAGACUUGGACGAAGAAUCAUGAUCCGUCUUUGUUCUGGCCCGAGAUAUGGCUCCCUUUCGAGCCGGAUGUCGGAAAGGCGCGCAUUUUGACUUUUGGAUAUGAUGCAAACUGGCGCGGCGGAGCUGGCAUUUCCAACAUUACAGAUUUCGCCAAAGAGCUCUUGUAUGAGAUGCGCUUCUCCAAAAAUGCUUCGGGAGAAGAUAUAGCCAUCGGAACGAAUCCCAUAAUAUUUGUCGUCCACAGCAUGGGUGGGUUGGUAGUCAAGAAAGCCUACCUUCUUGGCCUAUACGACGAUAAUUACAAGGAAAUCACAAAGUCCAUAUCUGCCAUUAUCUUCUUGUCGACACCCCACCGCGGCACAAAUCUUGCCGAGACUCUGAAUCGGGUAUUGGCGGCGUCUUUCCAUUCUUCCAAACAUUUCAUCUCCGAUCUCAACAAGAAUUCUACCGCAAUAGAAGAGCUGAACGAGCAAUUUCGUCAUCUGGCACCCAGACUGUCUAUUUGGUCCUUCUACGAAACCCUUGCAACUACGAUUGGCCCCAAGAAAGUUAUGAUACUAGAGAAGGAUUCUUCCGUGCUUGGGUAUCCAGCUGAGAUUUCGAGGCCACUACAAGCUGACCAUCAUGAUGUUUGCAAAUACUCAAGUCCAGUUGACUCCAAUUAUCUUAGUGUCAGGAACGCUCUUAAAUCCCUAGUCGCCCUAUUCCGAACUAGAGCAACUCGAGAAGAAGACGAACACGAGCCCGAAAAUACCACGAGCAUACCUGAGUUGUUCCGCAACUGUCAUACCUCUGAAGAAGAUUACAAUAGACUCCGUCGGGACUGGAUUCCGGAAACUUGCGAAUGGUUUUUCCAAGAGUCAGAUGUUGAGGCUUGGAUGAAAUCUUCUACUGAAUCACGCAUACUUUGGUACAGUGCCCCCCCGGCCAGUGGCAAGUCUAUCCUUGCUGCAUUUAUCAUCAGUCGCCUCAAGGAUUUGGGUUUUCAAUGUCAAUAUUUUCUAUUCAAUUAUUCUGAACAGCAUAAACGGUCUGUUGCUGGGAGCUUAAAAGCUAUAGCUUUACAGCUUGCCAAAGACAUUCCAGAAUUUCGAAAAGCGUUAAACGGCUCAUCAUCGACAAGUUUGGGACUAGAAUCCGCAGAUGCGCUGCUGAUAUGGCGAAACAUUUUCGAGAAGCUGCUGUUUGAGACUGGGCGCACAGAUCCUGUGUACUGGGUUUUUGACGCUUUGGACGAAUCUGACUCGCCAAAAUCCUUCAUCGAAUGCCUUAAAGGCUUGGCGAAAGCCAAGAUCCCAAUAAGAAUUUUGAUUCUGAGCAGAAACUCAAAUGCUAUUUCCGUGGGAUUUGAUCGCCUCACUCGUGCCGAUAUCAACAUCCACAGAUUGGAAAAUUCGGGCCAACUUCACAAUAAACGAGACAUUCAACUCUUAGCAGAGGAAGAAAUCAGUCAUCUGGGUGGAAGCGACCUAUUUAGACAGCAAUUGGUCAAAAACAUCAUGUCACGUGCCGAGGGAAAUUUCCUGUGGACAAAACUGGUACUGGAAGAGAUUCUGGGAUGCCACACUGAAGAAAGCAUUCAAGAGGUUCUGCGGGAAAUCCCAGAUGACAUGAUCAGUCUGUACCAACGAAUGGAACGCCUUCUUGUUGAUUCGACACGAAAGUCGAAUAAACCGUUGAUCAGAACUCUGCUUGAGUGGACGAUAUGUGCCCAGCGAUCUCUCAGUAUACAGGAACUCUCACAGGCGCUGCAACCGGACUUUUCUGGCCUCUUUGAUCUCAAGAGGACAAUUCAAGAGUCGUGCGGGCAGUUUCUACAUGUUAGCAAUAAAGACAAAGUAACUAUACUACACCAUACCGCACGAGAAUAUUUUACAGGCGCUUUAGAUAGCGAAUUCCACGUUGAUGUCCGCCAAACUCAUGGGAAGCUAUUUGUCCGAGCCUUGGUUCAACUUGAGCAGGCUGAUCUUCGAUGGCGGUUGCUGCAAAGUCAGCAUGCACUUCAAGCUAGCGAACCGUUUGUCUUUUAUGCGGCACUCAACUGGUCAUACCACUUAUCUCAGAGCCACUCCAUUUCCUCAGAAAAUCUCGACCAUCUUGUGAGAUUUUUCUCAAGUCCCGCAGUUCUUGUCUGGGUUCAUGCUCUAGCACUUCUGAGACGGCUGGAAGUCUUGGUACGGACAUCAAAGGCCUUGGCGUCAUUUGUUCACCGGACACGAAAAGAAGAUAUUUCUAGAAACCCUAUGCUUCAUCGGUUGUCGGAUCUUGCACUGAUUGACGACUGGAUUGUUGAUCUUGUCAAACUGGUUGGAAAAUUCGGUCCCACGUUGGUCACAGAGCCUGACGUGAUAUAUGAUAUCGUCCCAGCAUUCUGUCCACCUAAAUCAGUGCUACAUCGGCAAUACUAUGACUCCAAUUCGGCCAAGAUGCGGUUAUUGGGUGGCAGGGAUGUGCCCUGGAACGAUAAUCUCGGAAGACUUGUGCUCCCAGGUGAUGCUCAAGCUUGGAAAAUUGCUUGCGCCGGUAACCAUCUGGCAGUGCUUGCCUCCACGGGCGUGGUCUACGUAUGGGACUCUUCCAACUUUACUGAGAUGAGUAAAAUGUCUCAUGGUGAGCCUGUGACAGCCAUGGCUUUGAACGAUAAUGGCCAAAAGCUUGCUACGUAUGGUCUCAGGACUUCCAAAGUGUGGUCAGUUAUUGGAGGAAAACUGCUCACAUCAGCACAAAACCCCCCAAAUACGAAGGCCAUGGUAAUAAGCUUUGUUGAAAAUGACCAAAGGCUACUGGUCGGAGGCGACGAUAACAUUAUAAGACACAUACAGUGCAACAAUACAGAUGAGGGGUGGCAGAUAUUAAACCCGGCUCUGCUCAAAGAAACAGGCAGAACUGACGGCGCUAUCGUUAGUUCUCCAAUGUGCAUCUCUUUCAAUGGGGACAACACUCUGGUUGGUGUCUCGUAUAGAGGAGCACCGCUCUCAGUUUGGAGACUUGCAGAUGGAAGGUGCCUCAAUCGCUGCAAGAGGCUCAAGGACUUCCGCAAUGAUCAACAUCGAGCUUCAUCAGCUUGGGAUGCCGUCGAUAGAUUUACGUGGAAUCCCAUCACCAACCAUGUCUUAGGCAUUUAUAAAAACGGAUACAUCUUCAAAUGGCACCCGCUUACGGAUGAGAACGUUGAAGCUCGAGUUACUGCGGAUGAGAUUGCGGCGAGUCCCAACGGCAGAGUAUUUGCGACCAGCAGCAGCAGCGGCUCAGUUCGCAUCUGGAACUUUGCGUUUUUUACUGUAAUCUAUCAUCUUUCGUCUGAGGACCUGGUUACUAGCUUGACAUUCAGUCCCGAUAGCGGUCGUUUCUACGACCUCCGUGGGGGCUCAAUCAACGCUUGGGAGUCAAACACUCUAACACGCUUCUUGGAGAGUGAAGAAAGCAUAAGUGAUACGAACAGCGAAGACCAAUCCUUCGCAGCACUCUCAAGGCAUUCCGAGUCGCGGAUAAAUCACUUUGAACCCGUCACGGCACUGGGCCCAGCACCGAACGGCUCUUCUUACUGCGUGGGCUAUGAAGAUGGGACCAUUGUACAGUUUCAAAGGGGGGCGACUGAAGGGUUUGACUUUGCGCAGUUUCACAACUUUCUUAAUGUCUCACACAUUAAAUGGAGCUCAGAUGGAAAAUACGUUGCCGUUGCCGAUCUGGCUGGUGAUAUCCAGCUGAAGGCGCUGCAUCGGGAAGCUAAGGAAGAGUUGAAGAUAUCGUCGCUACCUUCUCCACGCAUUGACCUUGAAGGCAACAACAUUGAGGAGCUCAUCUUCAGUCUGGAUAGUGCACUACUUUUUAUCUCCACAAGGAAAAAGAGUUUUGUUUGUAAUGUCAAAGAUGGCACAGUGCUGUGCUCGACGGCCAUUGACACAAUAUUUCGCCGUUAUUUACCUCAUCCCACGCAGGCCAACUUAAUUCUCGCAUUUGGAGCUGCAGAUGUCUUCACUUAUACAUGGGAUAAGCUUGAAAGCAGAAAGCUUUCAAGUUAUAGUCAAAUCCGAGGUUCAGAGGCUGGAACACUAGGAUCCAAUGACGUUGCAGAGAAAACAAAUUCAGCUCAAUUGACGGACGACAUCGAAUCAACAGUUUCGAGCGUCAUAUUAACGCAAGAUGAUAAACAUAUUCUCUUAACUGUCAAAUCGACUACCUAUGAUGGGAAGACUAAUCCUAAUCAGCAGGUGUUCAUCUUCCCAGCUGAUGCCUUUGAGGUGGACGGUUCUAACAAUGGACUAACUUCAUCUGUGGCUUAUUUUCCUAUCCACGCCAGCAUUUCUUCUCACAUCAAAGUACCAUUGGGUGUUUUACCAGGAUUAAGGUUUAUUUUUCUGGAUGAUGACCUCUGGCUUUGCGGCUACCAUCUUGGAUCGACGUCCCAGAAUGAGAUAGUAGAGUCUUAUGAUCGAUUCUAUUUAUUCCACGGGAUUGGAUAGGGAGUACCAGCCUUGAU